AUGGUUAAAAGGUUCCUGCAGCGCUUCAUUGACCCGACGUCCCGAGAGGAUGAAAAUGCAGGCCUGGAUUUAAAUGAGCCCCUCUACAUGCAGAAACUGGAAGAGAUCAAUGUGGUGGGAGAGCCGGUGCUGAAUGUGAACUGUGCGCAUCUGCAGUCCUUUGAUGCGGACUUGUACAGGCAGCUGGUCUGCUAUCCACAGGAAGUGAUUCCUACUUUUGACAUGGCUGUGAACGAGACUUUCUUUGAGCGCUUCCCGGACUCCAUUUUGGAAUACCAGAUUCAGGUGCGGCCCUACAACGCUCAGAAAACCAAGAACAUGAGGAGUCUCAAUCCAGAGGAUAUCGACCAGCUGAUCACGAUCAGCGGUAUGGUGAUCCGCACCUCCCAGCUGAUCCCCGAGAUGCAGGAGGCUUUCUUCAGGUGCCAGGUGUGCGCCUUCAGCACGCGGGUGGAGGUGGACCGCGGGCGCAUCGCCGAGCCCGCCGUGUGCCGCAACUGCAACACCACGCACAGCUUGGCGCUGAUCCACAAUCGCUCCGUCUUCUCGGACAAGCAGAUGAUCAAGCUGCAGGAGUCCCCUGAGGACAUGCCGGCCGGACAGACGCCCCACACCACUGUGCUGUGCAUUUACAGGGCCGUCCCCAUGCGGCUGAACCCGCGGCAGAGCAACGUGAAGUCGGUGUACAAGACGCACAUCGACGCCAUCCACUUCCGCAAGACGGACGAGAAGCGGCUGCACGGGCUGGACGAGGAUCUGGAGCAGAAGCUCUUCACCGAGGAGCGGGUGCAGACGCUGAAGGAGCUGGCGGCCAAGCCCGACGUCUACGAGCGGCUCUCCUCCGCCCUGGCCCCCAGCAUCUACGAGCACGAGGACAUCAAGAAGGGAAUUCUCCUGCAGCUGUUUGGAGGCACCCGCAAAGACUUCAGCCACACCGGGAGAGGAAACUUCCGCGCGGAGGUCAACAUCCUGCUGUGCGGAGAUCCCGGCACCAGCAAGUCCCAGCUGCUGCAGUACGUCUUCAACCUGGUGCCCCGCGGGCAGUACACCUCGGGCAAGGGCUCCAGCGCGGUGGGGCUCACGGCCUACAUCACCAAGGACCCCGAGACCCGCCAGCUGGUGCUGCAGACCGGCGCCCUCGUGCUGAGCGACAACGGCAUCUGCUGCAUCGACGAGUUCGACAAGAUGAGCGACAACACGCGCUCGGUGCUGCACGAGGUGAUGGAGCAGCAGACCCUCUCCAUCGCCAAGGCUGGGAUUAUUUGUCAACUGAAUGCCCGGACAUCAGUCCUUGCUGCGGCCAAUCCAGUAGAGUCUCAGUGGAAUCCCAAAAAGACCACUAUUGAGAACAUCCAGCUCCCACACACACUGUUAUCAAGGUUUGAUCUCAUCUUCCUGAUGCUCGAUCCCCAAGACGAUGCCUAUGACCGGCGUCUGGCUCACCACUUGGUGUCGCUGUACUACCAGACCGAAGAGCAAAUCGAGGAAGAGUUCAUGGACAUGGCAGUGUUGAAAGACUACAUUGCCUACGCGCGCACGUAUAUUAACCCUCGGCUCAGCGAGGAAGCCAGCCAGGCCCUCAUUGAGGCCUACGUGGACAUGAGGAAGAUAGGCAGCGGCAGGGGCAUGGUCUCGGCCUACCCUCGCCAGCUGGAGUCCCUGAUCAGGCUGGCCGAAGCCCACGCCAAGGUGCGCUUCUCGGAGGUCGUGGAAACCAUCGACGUGGAGGAGGCCAAGAGGCUUCACCGUGAGGCUCUGAAGCAGUCGGCCACGGACCCCAGGACCGGCUUUGUGGACAUCUCCAUUCUGACUACAGGGAUGAGUGCGACAGCCCGGAAACGCAAGGAGGAGCUUGCUCAGGUUUUGAAGAAGCUCAUCCAGUCCAAGGGCAAGACCCCAGCCAUGAAAUACCAGCAGCUGUUUGAUGAUCUCCGUGGACAGUCUGAUGUUGCCAUUACCAAAGAUAUGUUUGACGAAGCCCUUCGUGCUUUGGGUGAUGAGGACUUCUUGACUGUCACCGGAAAAACUGUCCGACUGCUUUAAAUGUUUAGUUUUGCCACACGCAGCAGUAGUGCUUACUGCUUUUUCCAACCAAUUACAAAUACAACUUUUGACUUUUCACAAUUUUGUUUUUCCAAAAAGUUUCAGAAUCGUUGCGGAUUGUCUUCUGAUGUCAAGCUUGGGCACAGUUGUGAAUAUACAGCAAGAAAGAUGUUGUAAAUAAAAUACAUUUUUUGUAUUUCACUUGCAUUUGUCAUAAGGAUAAAAUUCUUGUUUGCAGGAUAGCUGAAAUCCACAUUUUCCUCACCCCCCCCCUCUUUUUGGGGAAAAAAUGUUUUCUUUCUUGAAGCCCAGUCAUCCUCUGUAAAGUGUGAUUAGGGGGCCAAAUGUUAUUAUAUUACAAUGCUCUUUCCUUAUUGUCUUCAAUGUGUUUUACUUUUCUGGUGUUUCACUUCUAUUAAUGUAAUAAUUACUGUAUUGUAAAAUGAAUAAUAGGUUAAAAUAAAAUUAAAUAAAACUUUUCCUAAGAAAGUUUGGCUUCUCAUACUGAAAACAGGUGAGCAAAUAUAAAUUCUGCUGUGAUUAGACUCAUUCUGAACAUCCGCCAAGUGCAAAAUGAAUUGCAUUACAUGCUUUUAUGUAUCUGUGAGUACAAUAGUGGCUUGUGUUGAGGAAUACUCCCCGUACAAUAAAACUGUUUAUUGAUUUGGUUCUACUGCUA